ACAAAAUGUAAGUACAACUCCAAACUCUGCAACGAGAAUCAACUUUCGGUUACUCUCAGUCACUUCGUCUUUUCCAGAAAGUGGUUUUCACAAUAGAAUCAUGGCGGCCCCAGAUCCAAACGCUCGGCCAACGGUGGGCAAAAGAUAUCCUGAGGAUAAAGUUGACAAGGCCCACAAUUUGAUAGAGAAGUGCAUUCAGCUGUACAUGGACCGUGACGAAACAGCCCAUGCAUUAGAAAUUCAUUUCAGGAUUGACAGCCAUCUCACACGUAUGGUUUGGGACAAAUUGGAAGAAAGUAAUCAGGAGUUUUUCCAAAAUUACUACACAAGGCUAGCAUUGAAACGACAGAUCGGCAAGAUCAAUGAAUUGCUUGAGCAACAGCAUCUAGACAAGAAUUUUCCUCUGGUGCCUGCGGAGCAACAAAUGUCAAUGAAACCGCAAGAGACAGCUCCACUGGCUAAUUCUCCAGUGAGCAAGACAAGCAAUGAGAAUGAAGCUGAAUCUAGUAGCAAGCUACCUGCCAAUCCUGUCAGCUUUGUCGGAUCAGAAGAGGUGGUGGGGUCCGACCUUCUCAUUCCCAGCGGUAGUCUUACUCGGUCUUCACUGGAAAAUGCUGCAUUAGACACUGCACAUAUGCCAAUUUCGCGAGUCCCGAACCUUAUCGCUGGUGGUCACCACACUGCAAACCUCAGGGGACCAGUUCAACCAUCGUCCUCAAUGGCUCAAAGCUUGAGCCACUUGGACUCAAACCCUCAAGCUUCCAAUCAGAAGGACCUCUCUAAUUUCGCGUCAGGUCAGGGCUCUCAGUCUGCGGAUCGCUGAGUGAAGUGGUAGCGUGUGUCCCUUAUCAAUAUCAGUAUCUGGUGGGUUGUAGGGAAACUCAUGCAGAGGGGACAAUAGUGAGGACUAUGAUGCUUGUUUGGAAGAUUGUAAGACCCCAUCUUGUGUCUCAUCAUUGGGUGAACAAACAAAUUUUCAUUACAUUUACGGAUUGAGCUUUUGUAAUUUUGUUUUUGGUCGAAGAGCUUUUGUAGUUGUACAUCAUAUUUUGUGAUCUGAUAUGAUGAGCAAAUUUUGGAUCUGUUAAGUAGA